AUGACAGCCAGAACCUCUGAGGCCUCGGGACAGUCGGUGCCGCUGCACCGCUGUAACGGGGUUUUCCAGGCCAAUAACGGCACCUGCGCGGAGCAGCUCGGCGCCUUUCCGCCGUUCUCCUCCACCCUCGCGCUCCUCGUGCUGGUGGCCGUGCUCGUGGGGAUCGUCCUCGUUUCCCUGGCAACGUUCCACUUCCACAAGAGGAAGCUUCGGAAUAGGAAGAUCCAGCGCGCGCAGGAGGAAUACGAGCGCGACAGUCGCAGCCCCGCGCGCGCCGCGGCGAGCGGGGAGCCCGUGAGGCCGUGCGUCAUCGUCCGACCGGUGAGAUGUGAGGAGAAGCUCUCGUGCCAGAGCACGGAGAGCGGGGACGUCACCGGAGCGGGACCGGAGGACCAACAGGCGCUGAACGAGACGGCUCCUCUUGACUGUUAA